AAGAAUCACAGUUACGAAAUCCCCAUACCCAUUAAAUUAAAAAAAAAUGAAUAUAAAUUUUUUUCCGGAAAUAAACAUGAUAAUAAAUAUAAUAUAGAAAAACGGAGACGAAGAUUAAAAAUGUUAUACCGACCCACGCCCAUGAGACCCGUGUCAUUGGGCUCUGACAUCUUAGAUCUAACUGUCUUUUAAUAAUUUAGUCGGUAAAAAGGUUCAAUGUCUGUUCCAUUACGAGUUGUCGUUAUGGAAAGGCUUGUCCUGUUAUUGGAAUGAGAUGGUUUUUAAUACUGAACGAAGACAAACCAAGCACAAAAUGAAUUGCACUACUAUAGGAAAGUAGAGUUGAGCCCGCUUCAAUUCAACUUAACUGUUUGAUGAUUUCUUUUUGGUACUUUGUUUAGCCGAUUCUUAAACGCAAACAAGGAAGGAGAAAAUGAAAACUUAGCGAUACUCUCUUCCCUCCCUUAGUAGUAGUAGUAUAGGAAGAGAGGGAAGCCAACGAACACGUGAAGUUGGAAGUAGUUAUCAGUAGGACAAGCCCCUUCACCACGUUGACUUCCUCUUUCACUCUCCCUCUCUUGUUUUUUCUUUCUAUCAAUGUGCUUACAUUUUUUUCUUUUGACGCUGACAUAAAACAUUUACCUGCCUGCCUGCCUGCCUGCAUCCCAUUCACGCUUUUCUUUCUUGGAUUUAGCUUCUUCCAUGAAAUUCCAAUGACCCCAAAAUUUCAAGAUAUCUGCACCAAUCCUAGUUACCGGUUAUCAUCCGGAUGCAGUUAAGGCUAGAUGCCAAACUUUACUUCAUGCUCAUACCAGCAAUCUCUCUAAAAGAAAAUUUUGAUGUGCUGCAACAAUCUGUUAACCAAUAUUUUCAUGAUUGGCCUUUGCAAAUACUGCAGCUCCUAAACUUUUUUUUGUGUGUCAAUAGGUAAGUCAUUUCUAUCCCCUUUGCCAUUUGUGGGUUCAAUAUUUUGGGUGAGAUUUCAGGUAAAGUCUGCUUGAAAUGCUGCUGUUCACACAUGAUUUUGGUAGAUUAAGAAACUCUUUUCAUGGUCAUGACAAUCUUUUUUUAUCCGAUAUUUUGGACCAUUUUCAAUGUGUCAUCCAUGCCUAAGAAGUCAGUGAAUCAUACUGAUAGAAUCGAGCAAUCACUGUGAGGUUUUCACUUAAAAUAUCACUAAUAAAGCAAAUUGAGCAUGUAUUCCUUCUUAACUAAUGUCUACUUAACAUUUAGCUUUGGGAAGUUGAUGUGAUGGUACUUUAUCCUGCAUUUUUAACAUUUGCAUGAUUUUUUUCCAUCCAGGCUUCGCUAAUAUCUUGAAGGCCUGGAACAGCAAUGAAGAAACUGCUGUCUUGUUAUGAAAUGCUUCCUAAUAGGGAUUGAAAAACCAAGCUGUUGGAUAGUUGAUUUGUUUGAAGACAGUUGACAAUAAAGAUUCCUUUAUAAGAGAAAGUGAAUUAUGAAUUGGAUGAAAUUCCCAAAACGAUACUUAAUUGUCAUUUUAACCUUUGUCAGCACAUGUGUUUGUUAUAUAGAACGUGUGGGCUUCUCCAUAGCAUACACAGUUGCAGCUGAUGCGGCUGGGAUUAACCAAUCAAGCAAAGGCACUAUACUUUCUACAUUCUAUUAUGGCUAUGCUUGUUCUCAGGUGCCUGGAGGAUGGGCUGCUCAAAAGAUUGGGGGAAGGAAGGUUCUUCUUCUCUCAUUUGUAUUAUGGUCAUCAACUUGUUUUUUGGUUCCACUAGAUCCAUAUAGAGUCACAAGCUUGGUUGUUACACGCUUGCUUGUUGGUGUGGCACAAGGUUUCAUCUUCCCUUCCAUCCACACUGUCCUAGCACAGUGGGUUCCACCACAUGAGAGAUCAAGAUCUGUUUCACUUACAACUUCUGGGAUGUACCUUGGUGCAGCUAUGGCAAUGCUUGUCCUUCCAAGCCUGGUGAAGUUCAAAGGUCCUCAAUCUGUAUUUCUUACAGAAGCAGCAUUAGGUGUCAUGUGGUCUUUGCUCUGGUUUGAAUAUGCUACUGAACCCCCUCGAUCCGAGCAUCAGAAAGCCACUGCUGCUGGUUUUGGAGAAUCAUUGUUACCUAACAAAGCAAGUCAGAAGAUAAAAGUGGAGAAUGGAGUAAGUACUGUCAGGACUUCCAAAAUCCCAUGGAAGAGAAUUUUAGUUAGCAUGCCAGUUUGGGCAAUUGUGGUAAAUAAUUUCACAUUCCACUAUGCUCUUUAUGUAUUGAUGAACUGGCUUCCAACGUACUUUGAGCUGGGCCUCCAGCUCAGUCUUCAGGAGAUGGGUUCUUCUAAAAUGAUGCCCUAUUUCAAUAUGUUCAUAUUCUCAAAUAUUGGUGGGGUUCUUGCUGACCACUUGAUCACCAAAAGAAUAAUGUCUGUGACUAAAACUAGGAAGUUCUUGAACACAGUAGGAUUUAUAGUUGCUUCUCUUGCAUUGAUGGCACUUCCAAUCUUCAGAACUUCUGGUGGAGCUAUUUUCUGUUCUUCCGUGGCUCUUGGUUUCUUGGCACUGGGUAGGGCUGGAUUUGCAGUGAAUCAUAUGGAUAUUGCACCCAGAUAUGCAGGAAUUGUAAUGGGUGUCUCUAAUACAGCUGGUACACUAGCUGGGAUUAUUGGGGUUGAUAUGACUGGAAAGCUUCUUGAAACUGCUAAAGCUGAAUAUUCAGAUCUUUCUAGUCCAGAAAGCUGGAGAGCGGUCUUUUUCAUUCCUGGGUUGCUGUGCAUUUUUAGUUCUUUCAUAUUCUUGCUAUUCUCAACAGGGGAGAGGAUUUUUGACUGAAGUAAGCCAUGCACACUUCUAUUUUUAAUUGCUACAGCCCUCUGGUCAGGGGUUUCAUUUGCAAAUCUGUCAUUGUGAUUGGUGAGCUAUCUGAUAUUAAUGAAUGGUACGGAUAUAUUAAAAUUCAGAAGACCAUAGAAGGUCAAAAGAAAUCAACACAGAUCAGUAGCGAUUAGAAACCAUUUUUUGAUUGUUAAUGUGAUUUAGUUGGAGCUCAUGUGCUCAUUUUUGUUUGCACAUGGAAGGAUGAAACUUUUAUUACAAGCAUAUAGAGAUGGAUUUGUAAUGAGGUAGUUGCUCUGAGAUGGUAAAAACUUAUGGUAGUAUUAUUGUGUAACUAGAAAAGUUUUAA